AUGUUUACUUCGACUCCUCGUCGUUCAGUAAUGCCUAGCGAUUUUGAUCCUUUAUUGGAGGAUUUAACUCAAGAAAAUCAAAUCUUUGAUCCAACUGAAAAAGAAGAUAAGGGUGAAGGAGGUGGACUUUUUGGGUGCCAAUUGACUGAUAAAAUGAAGGGAAAUGAGAAAGGUGUCGGCCUAAACAUCAAGAAACGUUUAAGUUUUGCUGAUGAAAAUCAACGAGGGAUCUCUAAAAAUGCAAAUCCGAUGGCGGAAGCUGUUGAGCGGUUAAAGAAAAUGGGGAAAAGGCGAGAUUGA